GCCUGAUAUCAGUCCCCGCUGAACCUCGUCAUCUCUUUAGUCUUCCUCACUGCUGGCGUUUGGGUUCGACGAUGACGCGGUCAACGGAGCUCAUCACCGGUGAAGACCCCGAUGAAGGUCCUGAAGUCGCAACUAAAGGCUGUCUUUCAGCUGAUAGGAGUCCUAUAUACAUUUCUUUUUACUUCCAAAGGGGAAGGUCCUGAUGUGAUUGCUAUCUCUUCUAUAGCUAUUGGUUCAAUUUCUUUGAUACUUGGGGACUUAGGUCGAAGGCGUAGUCGAGUAACUUUGUUGAAAGUUUACAUGGUUGCAUCAUCUAUUGGAGUGCUUCUUUCCAUUGCUUGUGUUGCCAAUGGGAAUGUAACAUUAGAGGUUUUCCAAACUCCCAAUAGAUGGGAAACCCACAAGUUUGAACUUCUUGAGGCCGCUCGCACUGCAAUUGGAUUCCUGGUACAAAUAUUCAUGUGUUUAUUUGUGGAAUGCUUGUAGUAGUAAGGUGACCUCUUAGCUUUACGAAAUCAAUGUAUAGAACAUGUGAAUGUAAUGUGAAUUUGAUCAAUAUCACAGAGCUUUGCUCUUGCUAUGCUGGAGAAGGUGUCAUUUGUUGUACUUUACAGUAUUAUAGAAGGAAUGAAAUGGCUUUAGUCUUUGUAUAUUGUAUCCGAUUGAGAAAGGUUGGUU